AUGCAUUUGCAUAGCAAAACGUCUACAUUCGAGUUCGACAAGAGCUGCAGACAUCGUGUUCAAACCCCACCCACUUUGCUAUGCUCCGCUGAGGAUUCGCUAACGGGUAUUCUGUUAAUCUUAGAGGAUUUCAAGAAAGUAUCAGGACUCGGCAUCAACAAAGAGAAAACGUUUCUCUUCCUCGAUGGUGGAAACUUAAUAGAUUCUCAACAGCUCUGUGAUGACCAUGGGAUCUCCCAAGGCUCAUUCCCGAUGAAAUAUUUAGGGGAGCUAAGAUUGCUUGGGAUUCGGUUUGUACUCCAAAGGAGUCUGGAGUGGGUUUCUUGGGUUCGUCUAAACUUGAUUGAAGCAGGGAAAUUUUGGGACAGCAAUAUCACCUCCGGUAGUUGGGUUUGGAAGCAACUAUGUAAACUAAGACAUUUAGCUCGUUCGUUCAUAUUUUGUGAGAUUGGAUCAGGGAUAACAGCAAGCUUUUGGCACGACAAUUGGACAUCUCUCGGUCCUCUUAUUGAUAUUACCGAGACCACAGGUCCUUCUCGCUCUGGCUUACCAAUUGAUGUGGUUGUCUCAGAUGCUAUCAUCAAUGCUAGGUGGUGGAUCGAUGGAACAAGGAGUCGAAACCCGAUCAUCUCCUUGCUUCGUCAAUGCCUUCCAUCUCCUAUACUAUUGUUGAUUCGGAAUCAGAUGAUUGUUAUAAAUGGAAAGAUUGGUUAUGGCGGCAUUCCUAAAGAUUUCUCUGCUUCAGAAACUUGGCGAGCUAUUCACCCUCCUGGACAAAGAGUAGGGUGGUUUAAAGCAGUUUGGUUCAAGGGAAGAAUCCCGAAACAUUCAUUUAUAUGUUGGGUAACCGCUCGGAAUAGAAUGCACACUCGCGACAGGCUCAGGUCUUGGGGAUUACAAGUUUCUCCUCGUUGUCUUUUAUGUGAUGUUGAGGAUGAAACUCGCCAACACUUAUUCUUCAACUGUCCAUACAGUCAUGAAAUAUGGUACGCUUUCUACUCGGUUAUGAACUUAACUCCUCCUACAGAUUUUGAGCAGUGUCUCUUAUGGCUGUUAUCUCCUUCCGCCGAAUGCCAACAUUGCAUUGAUCCUGAGACUAGCGUUUCAAGCCUCCUUAUACGGGAUAUGGAGGGAACGAAAUGCUAG